UCCCGGGAAUCCUGAGCAGCGGAAGCCUGAGGCCCCUCUUGUUCCAGGGCUUGUUAGCGGGAGCCGCUGUCCUUUGACCCUGCCGUGCCCUUGACUACGGCCACUUCCGGCGAGCGGAGCCGCUGGGUGUGCGAUGGCCAAGUACCUGGCACAGAUCAUCGUGGUGGGUGCUCAGGUGGUGGGGAGAGCGUUUGCCCGGGCGCUGAGACAGGAGUUUGCCGCCAGUAAAGCAGCAGCAGAAGCUCGGGGUCAAGCUGGGCGUCAGUCGGCCGCAGCCUCCAGCAUCUCCGGAAUAUCACUGCAAGAAGCACAGCAGAUCCUCAACGUCACAAAGCUCAGCGCUGAGGAGAUCCAGAAGAAUUAUGAUCAUUUGUUCAAGGUCAACGAUAAAUCAGUGGGUGGAUCAUUUUAUCUGCAAUCCAAGGUAUCUACUUCUUCUCUCUUCUUCAGCUGUCCAUUGAUUUUCGAUGAUGACUGAGGCCUGUGCAAGGUUGUAUGGGAGACCGGCAGUUGCCCAUGCUGCAGGUCUCCCCUCUCCACACCACCGAUGUUGUCCAAGGGAAGGGCACGAGGACCCAUACAGCUUGGCACCAGUGUCGUCGCAGAGGAAUGUGUGGUUAAGUGCCUAGCUCAAGGACACAACAUGCUGCCUCAGCUAAGGCUCAAACUAGCGACCUUCAGAUCACUAGACUUAUUCACUUGGCCACGCACCACACAAUGUUUCUACCACAGAGAGACUGGCCAAGACACUGACCGUGCCUCUGAUGUACCUCACCUCACUAGCAGGACCCUGGUGUGUCAGUGGCGUCACAGUGCUGCAUAAUGAUUUACAGUCCCAGCGAUCCAAGUUCAAUUCCCACCGCUGCCUGUAUGGAGUUUAUACGUUCUCCCCAUGACUGCAUGAGGUUUCUCUGUGUGCUCCAGUUUCCACCCACAUUGCAAAGACGUACGGUUAGAGACUUGUGAGCGAGCUACAUUGGCACUAGCAUGGCAACACCUAUCUCCAGCACAUCCUCGGACUGUGUUAGUCAUUGACACAAGUGACACAUUUCACCGUAUGUUUCGAUGUACUUGU